CGCCGCCUUGCCCAUGGCUGGCUGAAGAAGAAGAAGGGGAGCCGGUUUCCGCGCUGCCGCUCGCCUUCCCUCGGGCCCACCCCAACUUUUAUGGCUCCCCCAGCAGCCGGCCGCCUCCUCUGCUUCGUCGUGCCGUCUUGCUCCCCGGCUUGGGUCCCUCGCAGAGCCGGGGCGGCGGGGGCAGCAACAGCAGUAAUAGCAGCCGUCGUCGGGGCGGGGAGCGGCGGAACGCCUCGUGCGGCCGACGUCCGUGCCGGUCCCGGGCAGGAUCGGGUGUCCGAAGCAAGGGCAGGUGGAUCCGGCAGUGACAUUCCAAGCGCGGCGGGGCUUCCUUGAGCGGGCUAUAAAUACUCUCGCGGAGAAGAUUCUUGCCCAGGAUCGUCUGACUGUUUGACCGCCAAGAGGUUGCUUGGAAAGGGCGGGACGAGCCCACCUCCGGAGCGGCCCACCUCCCCGGCCGAGAAGGGAGCGCACCCUGGAGCCGACCCCUCAGCAUGGCCGCCCCGCGACCCGCCUCGCUGCUCCUCUGCCUGGCCUUGGUGACCUUGUGCCAAGGUGGCUGCGUGGAGGUGGAUGCAGAAACAGAGGCUGUAGUCGGCCACACUUUCAAGAUCCGUUGUAUCUCAUGCAAGAAGCGCAGUGAAACAGAGGCCGAGGCCUUUACUGAAUGGUUCUUCAAAGAAGAAGGGACCACCGAACUGGUCAAGAUUCUUCGCUAUGAUUUCUAUGAUAAGCUCUCUAUAUACGAUCCUCGCUUUGAAGAUCUAGUGAUGUGGAAUGGUACCAAGAACAUUGCAGAUUUGCAGGAUGUCUCCAUUUUCAUCCUGAACGUGACUGAAGAACACAGAGGGGAGUACAUCUGCAGUGUCAACCGCACCCUCCAUUAUGCCAAUGAAUUCUCCUACAACAUAAUGGUCAACAAGACCAUCCACCUGUCUGUGGUUCAUAAAGGCAAUCGGGAUAUGGCAUCUAUUGUCUCCGAAAUCAUGAUGUACGUCCUCAUCGUUGUCCUGACCAUCUGGCUGGUAGCGGAGAUGAUCUAUUGCUACAAGAAGAUCGCCGCAGCGACAGAGGCAGCUGCUCAAGAAAAUGCCUCCGAAUACUUGGCCAUCACAUCGGAAAGUAAAGAAAACUGCACAGGGGUGCAGGUAGCUGAAUAGCCCAGGCCAGGCCGUUGGAAGGCAGAUUUCUGGUUUUUAUAAGGGAUGAGGCUUUGAGGAGGAGUCGAGAAGAGGCAAAGUGACUCAGCAGAGCAACCAUCAGCCCAGAGAAGAAGUGAGCUGGAGCCAAAGCAGCCCCUCCCUCCCCCCAACUGCACGGCCCCCUUUCCUUAAUGAAAGCAUGCUAUUUUUAAUACCAGAGCUCUGUAUCCAAGCCAGCCACUCAGAGACAGCCAUGCCUAUUUUUCUGGGGGGGGGGAGAGGGGGGAGGAGUUUUGCUCUUUUAGUCCCAGGUUACACACCUUUCCGGAGUGGGCAUUGCCUCCCCCCCCUGCCAUUAGCAUGAGGGGAACACAGCAUGGCGGCUUGCUCACGUAAUGCAAAGCUUGAGGUCCUUUCCCGCGGUGGUCCCCGCCCCCGCCUCCCUCCCUCCCCCCCCGGAGCACUUGCGCUUUCUGAUGUUUUGCACAUUUCUCGCGCUUUGGAUUCUUUCGGUUACUUCGCAACCAGCACUUUCGACGGGUCUGAGGAGAGGAUCCCGCUUUUCUCUCCUACGUGUCAAGAUGGAUCUUGGACUUCUCAGUGGCCACAGCCAGCCAGGAGUAGAGACUGGGUAGAAGAUGAUUCCCUCACGGCGCCUAAGCCGUGGAGGGAAGGCUCGGGAUGCAAACACUGUCCCAACUCUGGUUGCGGCCGGAGCGAACUCUCUGGGGGGAAGGCAGGGCUAUGGGGAUUGCGCGGCCCAAAGGCCCCGUUCCUUAGCCCAGGCGCUCUUCGCCUAAUUUUCUACCAAGGUUUACUUCUCAGCUGGCUGGCUGGCAGAUUACGGAAGGUCUUUUGCAAAGGAGAGAUGCCUUGGAACAGAAAUCGGAUGGAGGAGGAGGAUUUUGCUUCUCUCUCUGUGCCCUGGAGAUGUGGGUGGUCACGGUGCCCUGUGUUGGGCGUCGGUGGUUGAGCUCGGCCUUGGAAUUGGUGCAGGGCAACGGUCACAGCAAUGCCAUCACUCCCAUCGCCCUCCUCCACAUUUCCCCUUCCUGGAUCCAUUAUUACCUUUGCCAGGCCAUUUUGGCUGUUUGGAGAAUACUCUUACCUCCCCUCUGCUCAGACCCCCCCCUUUCCCCUCUGGGGCUGGUCCUAGGAACCAGCUGCCAACACAAUAGAAUAGGGUUUGUUCAUAAAUAAAGAGGAUUGAAUUUCA